AUGUUCCAGAGAAUUAAAGCUCAAAUAGAUAGUCGCAUCGAAGAAGAGAAGGCACGACUAAACGCUACACACCCUUCCGUUCAAAGAUCGGCUUCUACAUCCUCAAUCUCAAGACGAUCUGCGAACGAAUCCCCUUCUCGAAAACCACGGAAACCACGGCUAAAAGAAGAUGAUGAAAUAGGUGGCAGAGGCCCAGAUCCUGCAGACUUUGAAUCUGCUUUUGUGAUUGAAGACGAGUCUGAGGCUUCAACUCGAGCUGGGACACCAGCCGGUGAGAACCUUCACCCAAUGGCGGGAAAUGCGGAUAAGCCCUCGGGCGGCAGUCCUUCUGCUGCGAAUGGCAGUGAGAAAUCAGCGGAUGCCACCCCAAGAGCUUCUGCUGAGCUUCCAACUGAGGUUAGAACUAAGUUGCGAAAGCUGGAAAAGUUAGAGGGCAGAUAUCAAGAGCUACUCAAGUCCUACCGAGUUGCACAUGCUCGUGCCGUUUCGAUCGAACCCUUCGAGAAAGUCCUCAAGGAGCAUACACCUAUCGGUUCUAUCCAAGAACCAGAUUCGCUGGUUGAAUAUCUCGACCAGCAGAAACAACAAGGAGGAUUAGUUAGGGACGAACUCACACGGGUAUCUGCAGAGCGCGACGAAUACAAAAAGAAGUACGAAGAGUCCGAAAAACAAAAUGCUAGUCUGAGGGAGGAGCUCACGUCUCUUCAAAACUCUACUACCGUUGGCGGAAGUUCCACUACUGGUUCCACGGAAAAAGCAGAGACUAGUAGCAUCAACACCCCAUCCACUUCCGUCAAAUCCCCUGUUACAUCGGUACUUGGAAUUUUCUCUCCCAAACAGAAGCCACAAUCCUCCGACAACAAGGAUGUUAAUGAGGAAUUCUUCUCGUACGACGAUGAAUUGCCAAAAUUACAAUCAGACAUCAAAGCUAAGUCGGCAGAAGUUGAUGAGUUAAAAUCGAAAGUGUCUUCAUUAGAAAAGGAUCUUAUCGCUGCUAAAGAACUAGGUUCUAGUCUAGCGAAAGAUUUGGAAAAGGUAACCCUCGAGUCGAAUGGUUCCAUCAAGGAGGCUACCAGUUUGGCCCAGUCCCGUCAAGAGCAACUGGAUAUCCAGGAGGGAGAGACUAAGAGGCUCAGUGAUAAGUUACAAGCAACUGAAACACAGCUUGCUGAACUCGAAAAGACCUUGGAAGCCCAAAAGAAAGAGCACUUAGAGAGAUUGGGCCAAUCACAAACCACUGAAACACAUGUCACCGAGCUCGAGAAGGCCUUGGAAGCUGAAAAGAAGGAACACUCAGGAAUAUUGAGUAGAUUAAAAACGACGGAAGCCCAACUUACCACACUCGAAGAGACUUUGGAAAAUGAAAAGAAACAGAGCUCAGAGAGAUUCUCGGUCCUGAAAUCAGAGCUCAAAGACCAAACAACAACGGCAGAGAAGAAGCUCAAGUCCGAGUUGGAUAGUCGUAAAGAAGCCGAGCAACAAGUUGGGCUCCUUAAAGUUCAGAUUGAGGAACUUAAUGCAUCAAAAACUAAAGAUCUUAAGUCCCAGUCUAAUGCUCGUAAAGAAGCCGAGAAACGAAUAGAGCUACUCGAAGCUCAAAUUAAGGAGCUUACAGAGUCAAAGGAAACAGACGCUAAGCGCGUCAAAGAGCUUGAGGGCGAGAUUGAAGCUCUAAAGACCAGCGAGGAGCCAACUCCAGCAGGUGAAGACGUCCUUGCAUCCGUCCCACCCACACCAUCAACAUCGACACCCUCUACAUCCAACAAGAAGAAAUCAGGCAACAAGAAGAAGGGCAAGAAAAAUGGUAAUGCCACUGCUAAUAAAGAGCCGCCUCCUGCCUCCGUGAAGGCCCCUAAUCUUGAGACUGUUGUUGAUAAUUUGCGAGCUGAACUCGAUCAAAUUAGGACCAGUAUCGCUGAUAAGGAUAAGCAAAUAGCAAAGUUAGAAGCAAACCGCAAGAAUGAGGAGAGUCUCAGGGAGGAGAUUGAGAAUCUUCAAGAAAAUUUGCUUAUUAUUGGUCAAGAUCAUGUGACGGCUAAGGACACAAUCAAAGAACUUCGAGCCGAGAAAGCUGCUCUUGAAGAGAAGACGAGCAAAUUAGAGGCUGAAAUUAAGGGCCAAGAAAAUGGAAAGAUAUCUUCGGACGAGAUGGAGAAGGAGAAAGCUGCUUUAGCAGAACAGCUCGCUCUUGUAGAAUCCAAGCUACAGGCGAAAAUAGAUUCUGGCAUCGAGGAUGAAGCAAAGCUAUUGGCGGAACGGACCAGUUUGCAAGAAGAAAAAGCUGCUCUUGAAGAAAAGGUUGCCAAGCUAGAGGCUGAGAUCGAAACUCACAAGACAGCUUCAGCUAAACUAGAAUCUGAAAUCGAAGUUCACAAGAAUGUCGCAACCAGAUUGCAGGAGGAGAAGGUCGCGUUUGAAGAAAAGGUCGGCAAGUUAGAGUCUGAAAUCGGGAAUCACAAGAUAACUUCGACUAAAUUGGAAGAAGAUUUCAAGAAGAUUACAUCUGAGUAUGAAGAUUUGAAGAUGAAAUCAAGCACAAUGCAGAAAGACCUUGGUGCCGCCGAGCAAUUGGCUACAACACGUUACAGGGAGCUGACAGAUCUAAAACAAGUUCUACAAAAUGCACAACCGGAACUGAAGAGUCUGCGCACUGAGAACGCGAACUUGAAAAGUGUCAGGGAUGAGCUGAACGCUCGUACUUCUGAAUUGAGGAGAUUGGAAGCUCGAGAGAAAGAUCUGAAGGGUGAUCUUGCUAGUUUCAAGAAGCAAGCUGCUGAUAGAGAAGGUGAGAUUAGAUCUUUGAAUGAGAAGGUUGUUCAGGAGACAAAUGGCCGACUUCGAGCCGAGAAUGAAGCCAGUAUAGCGGGCCGUGAUUUGCGAAAAUCUGAAGCUGAAAGGGUUGUACUGUCGUCCUCGCGCGAAAAAACCAUUAGAGAUCUAUCAAAGGUUCAAGAAGAAGCCGGGAAGUUACGUAGUCGCGUUCAAGAUCUUGAAGGACAGGUUUCAAAACUUUCUACUGAGACCAAGGGGCUCCGCGAGGAGGUUGAGCUAAGGGGUUCUCAAUACAACAAUGCACAAGGUCUUCUUGGAAGCAUGAGAGAUCAAACAGCUGAGAUGGUCAUACAACUAAAGGAAAAGAAAGAACAAGCAGAGAGUCUUGAAGAAGAACUCGGUGAAGUUCAGAGGUUAUUAAGCGAGCGAACUCGAGAGGCAGAAAAGAUGCGGGGACUCAUGGACGGUGUGAAUGAUCGAGCUGAUGCCAUGGUUCGGGAAAUGAGAGAGCGCAUGGAAGUUGCCAUUGAAGAGCGCGAUCGAGCCGAAGAUGAAGCUAGUACCAAUGCUCGUCGUAGAUCUCGAGAAGUAGAUGAGCUCAGAACUAAGAUUAGAGAUUACGAGCGCCAGAUUAAGCAAGCAAGUGACGACCGAGAUGAAUUGGAAGAAUCAAAAAAGGAAUACAAGAGGCGUCGUGAUGAACUCGAGGGUAUUGCCGAAAAGGCAUCCCAGGAAACUAAUGAUAUCCGCUCAGCAAUGAGCGAACUUCGAAAUGCAUUGAAUGGCAGUGAAAAGCAACUUCGUGAUGCUGAGAAACAGAAAGCGGAUGUACGAAAGCUUCUUGAUGAAGCCAAUCAACGAUAUGAAAAACUUCAAAAAGAAUUCAAGGCAUUACAGAUGAAGACAUCGAGAUUAAAUGAUGUUUCUUCGAGAUCUAGUAUCGAUUCUGGAAGAUCAAAAAGCCCGGCAAAUGGAAGGAGAGAUGGUGGUGGUACUGCAUCGAUUGAUACUUAUUACGUCAAGACGAUUUUGUUACAGUUUUUGGAACAAAAGGAUAAGAGAAUUCAGCAGAAUUUGAUCAAUACCGUUGUUGGACAAUUAUUACAUUUAGAUAAAAAUGAACAGGAUAAAUGGAUUGCAGCCAUUUCCAGCUGGAAAUGA